CCACUAGCAGUGUGUGAACGGAAAGAGAAAAAGGAGAGACGCUAAAAAUUAUCAUCCGUGUCGUUUGUCAUGAUUAAUUGUAGAGAAUCUCGCUUGGCUGACAAAAUCCGACUUCGAAACACAAUUCGUGAGCGAAUUAACAAUCUUAGUGAUUUUAAUUAAAGUGUAAACCAGUGCGCUGACGACUAACUAACUCCUCAUUCUCCUGUGUUGCUUAAAAUUGAUUAGAUGUGCUUGAAUUAGAAUUAUGUGAGCAGUUGCGUUGUCCUGUUUGGAGACCAAAUGCUGUGCCGCCGCAGGUAAAAUACUUUCCCCCUUAUUAUGCCCCGUCCUUCGCUGAACCUUUUGAAAGAAAAGAAAUAAAAACUAACAGUGUGUGAACGAAAGGAGAACCGCAGAGACGCACAUAAUUUUCGUCCUUGCAUAAUUAUCUGUGGGGAAAUUCAAUCGGAUGCAAAUCUGACUUGGAAAAUUUUAAAUUUCGCAACCAUUAUUACCUAAAGGAAACAACGGUUGGGAUUUGUAGUGAAGUGAAAACCAGUGCACAUUUUGUUUGAACAUUCAGUUUGACUCUUCCUUCUCCGACAUUGUUUAGAGUUGAUAUCAUGAGCUUGAAUAGUAUUGAUGCGAGUACAGGUCCAAACAAGUGUAAUUAGUACGACAAAAGUGAAAAUGUCUUCAAUUAACAUUCUGCUUGGAAUCACAUUGUUAUCUUUAAUGAAUCUAGUGGAUGCAGAGAUUUCGACAGAUUGGAACACUGGCGACGGUGGAUUCAAAUGGCGGACCAACUGUGACUUUUACAAUGACGAUAUAGGGCGAUUUCCUCUUACGGCUGCUCUCGGAAAAGAGUGUGGUCGAUUCUGUAUUGCUAACCCGCAAUGCAGCCAUUUUGCAUAUGGUUAUGGACAGAAUUGUUACAUGAAGAAGGCGCAAUCAAUGCCCCCUCGUCAAGAGGUCGAUUAUGAGGGUAAAGCAAUUUGUGGUUUCAUUCCCUGGAGAUUUGGAUCUGAACCGGGGAAAGAUGACUGGAAAUCCAUCAGCAGCAGCGGUGUUCGUAACUGCAGUUUUUAUGGCAACAACAGUUUGAUUUUGACGACAGAGUGCCGACAGGCUCUAGAUUGCUCCUUUUGGUAUGAACAAGUUCGUCCCACUGAAGGAUCAUCAGCCUGUAAAUUAGUAGAUGGAAGUUCAGGAUCGUGUUGCCCACAACUCCCUAAAAGAACCCAAUAUAUUAGAAUGAUUCCUGGUGGGAGUGAACGAAUAAUCGACGCGGGAGCAACCCUCACGUUGACGUGCGUCUACGCCUUUGAAAACGAAAAUCAAAGGAAUACGUUCAAUUUUUCGUGGGAAAUUCCAGAUUACUUUUCCAAAAAUGCGGAAUUGAGUGACCUGGACAAUCGCCUUCGCAAAACGUUUGGAAGGAACGAGACUCAUAUGACAUCGACGUUGUCUCUGGUCAACGCAAGAGCCAGAGACACUGGAAACUUUGGUUGCAAGGGCCUUCCGAUUGGAUUUCCAAACACAUUUACAGUCAACCAAUACGUCUAUGUUUUCAAUGAUACGGAACUUGUAAUAGUCGAAGGUAACGAAUAUUACAUUGUCAUCCCACACGGUAAAACUAAUUACCCGUUCAAAUGCAAACCAACUCAUCCGGAUGUGAACGUUUCUCUUAUACACGGACAUCAAUACACAGCAAGAGGAGAAAAUUGGUUGGAACCAAAAAGCGAUUUGCUGUCAGACCCGAAUUCAAAUUGGUCUUUCGAAAAAAGAAAUGGACUAAAACUCAAGAAAGCGAAGAUUGACGACAAUGGCAUUUUUAAUUGCAUAGGGACCUAUAAAAAUAAGAAACAUAAAAGUGGUUUUUUUUUGUUUAUUGCUGGAAUGGAACUCGCAAGAAUUGAUGGCGUAGGUGAUCCUUUGGAAGGAAGUAACGUUACUUUAAGCUGCCGAACUUACCAAUAUACCGUGCACUCUACUCCACCAAUAUGGUCCUAUCAAAUUAACGGAAACGGAAAAAUGCAAAUAAUUGAUGAAAUUAAUCCACCUGAAGGUAUUCAAAUAACAAAGGACAAAUUUGACUACAGUAGUAAAACACUUUACGAAAAUCAACUUUACAUUUCCGACAUAAGUUCAAAUGCCUAUACGUUUCGAUGCCAAGGAAGUGGAUUCACUGGAAAUAUUUCAUUUCUCGCUAUAGAAUUAAAUGGCGAUUCAAAGCAUAAAUCUGUUCAACUUGAGAAGGAUAUCGCUCAAAACUUAACUUGUUUUCAAGGAUUUCAGAAUGCUCGAAUCAAAUGGUUUAAGGAUGGGGAAGAAUAUACAGGACAAGUUUACUCCGAUAGCACCUCUUCAAUCUUACCGUUACAAGGAAAGAUGGAGGAAAAUGGAAAAUACGCUUGUCAGUGGAAAGUCGGCUUUCCAGGUGAUGUGAAAUACAGAAAUUUCACGGUUUCUUUCAUCGAUAGAAUUCCAGAAAAUGACAAGACCGUCGUCAUCGCCGUUUCUACAACAUUUGCAGUUUUACUUUUGGUACUCAUUGUUGUCGUUGGAGUUAAAUUUUAUUACGACAAGAACCAACGAGUUUCACAGGAAGCGCUACUUAAAUUGCUGAAUGGAAAUGCCAAUCAAAUUAAUGACCAGUCACCAAUAGAAGACCAGAUAGAGUUCCUUCCCUAUGAUAGACGAUGGGAAUUUCCAAAAAGUCGACUGAAACUCGGAUUCCAGAUUGGAGUUGGUUUCUUCGGCCGUGUAGUCAAAGCGGAAGCCGUGGGACUUAAAGACUCCGAAGAAAUUGUCAAAAUGGUUGCCGUCAAAAUGGUUCGGUCGGAAGCCAACGUCUCCGCAAUGGAAGCUCUCAUCAGUGAACUGAAAAUCCUCGUCUACUUGGGAUCGCACCUCAACGUCGUCAAUCUGCUGGGAGCCUGCACCAAGCAACUACAUAAAGGAGAACUUUUAGUGAUCGUUGAAUAUUGUCGGUUCGGCAAUUUGCAAAAGUUUUUGAUUAAUCAUAGGAACACGUUUAUUAAUUUGGUGGACGAGUUUGGGAACCUGAAAAUGCAAGAGGAAAUUGAAAGUAACAAUUUCACCAGGUCAAAAACGGAUGAAAUUCAAUCGCAAGUCAAUCCGACUGAUUUGCAAACUGACGAUCAUCCUGGCGUGAAUUCAUCCUCUGAAAUUUUGGACGUUUCAAAUUCUAACCUACAAGAUCCGGAUGGAAAUUUUGAUCGGGCGAUUUCAACAACAGAUCUCAUUUCUUGGUCUUUUCAAAUAGCUCGAGGAAUGGACUACCUGGCUAGCAAAAAGGUUCUCCAUGGUGAUCUGGCCGCCCGCAACAUUCUGCUCGCUGACGAUGGAGUUGCAAAAGUGGCUGACUUUGGAAUGGCUAAGAAAAUGUAUUACGAAGAAAAUUACGAAAAAAGAGAACAGGGAUUGAUGCCGGUCAAGUGGAUGGCGAUUGAAUCCUUAAUUGAUCGCAUCUUUUCCAGCCAAUCCGACGUGUGGUCGUACGGAGUUGUCCUUUGGGAAAUCUUUUCUUUGGGGCAAGUUCCCUAUCCAGGUAUGGACGUCGGUCACAUACUCGUGAAAGAAAUUCUAAAAGGAUAUCGGAUGGACAAACCGGAACUGGCGCUCAACUUCUUCGGUGAUAUGAUGGCGGAUUGCUGGAAAUCGGAUCCGAAAGAGAGGCCCACAUUCAGUCAAAUGGAGGAGAUUAUCUGCAGCCACAUGGAGUCGUCGGUCAGCUUGGACUAUUUGAAUAUGAACGCGCCAUAUGCCAAGCUCAACGAAGAAAAUGAGAACGCAACGCCAAUGGAUCAUUUUGGAUUGGCCAAGUUGUUGAGAGAAAAGUCUGGAGUUAAAUCCAAGAGGGGCGGAACGAAACGAAAUUCAGUGUUUCCUAAGCGAUCUUCCAAAAAAGAUGCGGAUUCUGAUCUUUAGCCAGACACUGAGUAAGAAUUGUUUAUGUGGGUUUGGAUUACUUGGUCGAGUUUUUACCAAGAAAACGACGCGUUUCGCACCUACUCUCCUUUUCGACGUUUUUCUGUUUCAGUCGAAUUUUAUCGACCCUUCCAUUCUUGAUUGCUGUACAAAAAUUAGUCUUGUUUGGAAAUUUGACGCGCGGUUAGUCUUAGUUGCUGUCAUAAUACGAAAUGUAAAGCAGAUUUUUGUCCCUACGUUCAGUACGUACUCACUGUAAAAUUUUAGAUGAAAUAUUGAUUACAAAAUUAAACGGCAUUUAGUGUUUACAUUUCUGCUUUAAAUUUUAACAUAAAAUAAUAAUAAUUAAUUCCGAUUUCCGAAAACUGUAUUUGAAUUAUGUGCAAAGUUUUGGCAACAGUGUCUGUAUUUCUGCAUUACUUCUUGAUCGGUGUGUGUGUGUGAUGGACGGGGUGAGUGGUGACAACGGUUUCGGAUAUUUUGGCAGGCCAUGAUUUUGGACAUAAUGGAGCUAGAUCGAUUUCUUCUUCGACACACAAGAGCACCGUUUCAUGAAAACAAGCAACCAAAGGCACACAAGAGUACUCCUUCGUGAAGACAAGCAACCAAAGUGGAUGCAGAGAUUUCGACAGAUUGGAACACUGGCGACGGCGGAUUCAAAUGGCGGACAAACUGUGACUUUCCAGGCGACGAUAUAGGACAAAU